AUGGCCGAUGAACAUGCUGCUGCAGCGGUGGUGGUGCAGGAUGACGAGGAGAUGACGCCCGGCUACAGGCCGCCCGCCGAAAAGACCCUCAACGAGAUUGUCAACACCGACAGCAACGACGAGAGUCUGAAGAAGUACAAGGAGUCGCUGCUGGGCAGUGCCAUCUCCAGCGUGGUCAUCGUCGAGCCGGACAACCCCAGUCGGGUCAUCGUCAAGAGCCUCUCGCUGCUCGUCGAGGGCCGUCCCGAUGUGACCAUUGACCUGAGCAAAGACCUGGACACGAUCAAGAAGAGCGUGAUGACGAUCAAGGACGGCAUUCAGUACCGCCUGCGAAUAGACUUCUUCGUCCAGCGGGAGAUUGUCACCGGGCUGAAGUUUGUGCAGAAAAUCUCCCGUCACGGCGUCAAGAUCGUCAAGACGAACAACAUGGUGGGCUCCUAUGCGCCCAAGGCCCAAAUCCAGUCGUACACGACGCCCGUCGAGGAGAUGCCCUCGGGAAUGCUCGCCCGAGGCACCUACAACGUAAAAUCGCUUUUCACCGAUGACGACCAAAAUGAG